AUGCAGUUGUAUGGAUAUGUAUUCAUCAUCGUGUAUACUUACAGAUUACGAUGUCAACCUGUAACUCAAAAUCAUGCAUUUAAUGUUUAUUCCCCAUUAAAAAGUGCAUCAGCUAUUUGUUUUGUGCAGCAUUUGUUCUCCAGAAUUUUCAGAUCAUGUGGUUCACACUGGCUUGAUCUUUUUGCAAUACUGGCAAUACAAGUUUAUCAAGAUAAAUACGUCAGCAGAUAUGUAGUUCAUCUGUCCUGGAACGACGCGAGACAAACAACAUCCGUGUGCGUGAGACUUCCUCCUGUUAUGGUGAAGGUAACUUUCUGCACAUCAUUUGAGGAUUUCUUUGAAGACGUUCUCACCAAAGGAGCACAACACAGAGGAUUGAGCUGGAAAGGGCCCAGCAUGCACGCAGACGAGCCACAGAGAGACGUCCGUCCCCGACAGGUGAAGGUGAUUCAUUUCUCUAGUGGAGAGACUCUGACAGAGGAUGAUGAUGGUGAGGAAGAGGAGGCACAACAUCAGCUUCAUCAAGCUCCCAGUGUUUCUGACCCGGAUACCUGGACAUGGAAGGAUUAUUCUCGGUUUUGGGGAACACAGAUUUUGAGGAAAUCCUUACUAUUUUGUGAUUUUCUUGGAGAGAAAAUGGCUGGUUUGCUGGGUCUGAAUACUGCCAAAUAUCAGUAUGCUGUAGACCAGUAUCAGAGAGAACAUAAGAAUGAAGCAGAAGGAGAAGUUUUGUCCGCAAGCACCAGUGUGAAUGACGAGGAGAUAAUUAAUCUGUCAAAAAUAGUAAGCAAACACAAACAGUAUGGAGCCACAAAUGUGCAGGACCUGCCGCAGCAAACCCUGGAAGAAACACUACGAUAUAAAGGGGAGCAGAAUGAAGGAUACAGCUCUAAUGAAUAAGAGAUCUGGAAGAUCUUAAAAAAAGAAAAGAAAAAAAAAGUGAAUUGAAAUUUUUUAUUUUAUGUCCUUGUUUAAUUUAUGACCAUCACACUAAGUGCUGAAGAUAUUUCUGAUACACAAAUAAAAAAACUUUGGUUCUUCCAUGUCCAAAA